AUGGCGAGGUCGGAGUGCCUCUACGACCUCCUCGGCGUCGCCGACGACGCCACCGACGACGAGCUCAAGCGCGCGUACAGGGACGCCGCGCGCCUCCACCACCCCGACGUCAAUCCCGACGCGGAGCCCGGCAGGUUCAGCGCCGUGUCCUCCGCCUAUGACGUCCUGCGCGAUCCAAACAAACGCAGGGCGUACGAUGCCACCCGCGCGUGGGAACGCGGCGUCGACGGCGGCGGCGCCGGGGUUCGAACCCCCGGCGCGACACACGCGACGUGGGGAGGGUUCGAGGAGUACGCCAAAGGGUUCGCGGAGCGGUACCACCGCGCACACGCGACGGAGACGGAGUGGCAACGACGGGAACGGAUGGCGAAAGCCGCGGCGGAACGAGCGGAGAUGGAGAAAGAGUUUUGGAUCCAGGAGAAGGCGCGGGCGAGACACAUGGCGGUGGAGUACAGGAGACGCGCGGCGGCGUUAAAACACUCGAGGGCGUUGCGGCACGAGGCGACGAUCGGUGGGUUUUGGUUCUCGAAGAAAGGAUGGCUGCCGAUGGAUUUCGUCGCUUUGUUCACCGCGCUCGCGUUUGCGGGGGGAUCGGCGCACGUGUGGAAAGAGUCGGGGCGGCGCAAGUUCGAGGCACGAGGAGGGCGGGCGGCGGGAGAGGGAGAGGAGACGCCGGUGGUAGGUGCCGUGGAUCCCAAGGUGGAGGUGGCGGCGGCGGCGGUGAAGGAGGGAGAGACGCGCCAUCGAUGA